AGCGGCGGACUGCGUCAGGUUGGGUUGAGCGGCGUCCCCUUCCCUGCUCAGUGUCUGGCGGCGGCUGCGGCGCCGGUGCGGGCGGAGGGGCGCAGGGAGGGCGGCCCGUUCGCUCGCUCGCUAAGAUGGCGGCGGCGGCGGCGGCGGCGGCCGUGGCCCGGCUGGAGGGCCGCGAGUUCGAGUACCUGAUGAAGAAGCGCUCGGUGACCAUCGGCCGCAACUCGUCGCAGGGCUCGGUGGACGUGAGCAUGGGCCACUCCAGCUUCAUCUCCCGGCGCCACCUAGAGAUCUUCACCGCUGCCCCCCCGCCGCCACCGGCCGGGGCGGACGGGCCGCCGCCGCCUCAGGGGGACGCCGCCGCCGGUGGCGGGGACUUCUACCUGCGCUGCCUUGGCAAGAACGGGGUCUUCGUGGACGGCGUGUUCCAGAGGCGGGGGGCGCCCCCGCUGCAGCUGCCCCGAGUAUGUACUUUCAGGUUUCCCAGCACAAACAUCAAGAUAACAUUCACAGCUCUGUCCAAUGAAAAGAGAGAAAAACAGGAGUCCCCAGAGUCUCCAGUGAAACCUGUGCAACCCCAGAUCUCUCCCUUAACAAUAAACAUUCCAGACAACAUGGCUCACCUGAUCAGCCCUCUCCCUUCUCCCACAGGAACUAUCAGUGCUGCAAAUUCCUGCCCAUCUAGCCCGCGUGGUGCAGGCUCUUCAGGGUACAAAAUGAGUCGUGUAAUGCCAUCUGACCUACAUUUAAUGGCUGACAAUUCACAGUCAGAAAACGACAAGGAAGCAUCGGGUGGUGAUAGCCCAAAGGUAAAAGUUGCACAGAAUAAAACCAUAAAUAAAAAUAAAGCCUUGAGCCCAAUGAGACUCAAACCACCUUAUUCCUAUGCACAACUAAUAGUACAAGCAAUUACGAUGGCACCUGAUAAGCAGCUUACACUAAAUGGAAUUUAUACGCACAUAACUAAAAACUAUCCAUACUACAGAACAGCAGACAAGGGCUGGCAGAAUUCAAUACGCCACAAUCUCUCUCUGAAUCGUUAUUUCAUCAAAGUACCACUCCAGGAAGAACCAGGCAAAGGCUCAUUCUGGAGGAGACCUGCCUCUGAAAGCAAAUUAAUAGAGCCUUUUAGGAAAAGGCGGCCUAGGGGAGUACCUUGCUUUAGAACCCCUCUGGGACCACUCUCUUCUAGAAGUGCCCCAGCUUCUCCUAAUCAUUCUGGAGUGUUGUCUGCCCACUCCAGUGGCGUACAGACCCCAGAGAGUUUGUCAAGGGAAGGAUCUCCAGUCCAAUGGAACCUGAGUCUAGUGCUUAUCCAGCCAAAAUUAGCAGUAAUACAAGAAGCACGAUUUGCACAGAGUGCCCCAGGAUCACCUCUAUCUAGCCAACCUGUUUUAAUUACUGUACAACGGCAGCUACCACAAACUAUUAAACCCGUCACCUACACUGUUGCAACUCCUGUGACAACAUCAACAUCCCAGCAGCCUGUAGUUCAGACAGUUCAUGUUGUUCACCAGAUACCAGCUGUGUCGGUCACAAAUGUGACUGGAUUAGCACCAGCAAACACUUACACUGUAGCUGGACAGGCAGUGGUUACACAAGCUGCAAUGCUAACCCAGCCCAAGGUAGAACCUCAAGAGAAUGGAGACCACAAGGAAGUAAAAGUUAAAGUGGAACCUAUACCUGCUAUUAGCCAUGCUACAAUAGGAGCUGCUAGUCGUAUCAUUCAGACAUCUCAGACCACGCCCUUACAGACAGUUACUAUAGUGCAACAGGCACCUCUAGGUCAACACCAGCUACCAAUAAAAACUGUAACCCAGAAUGGAACGCACAUAGUACCUAUCACCACAGCGAUACAAGGACAGGGCAACACUGCUGCUGCAAGUCCUUUGCAUAUGUUAGCAACCCAUGCAUCCGCAUCAGCAUCUCUUCCAACAAAACGCCAGAAUGGAGACCAGUCAGAACAACAGGAACUUAAACGUAUCAAAACAGAGGAUGGAGAAAGCAUAGUCAUAGCUGUUAAUGUGGACACCCCAUCUGUUGCAGUGAGUGAUCAAGGCAGCCAGAACUAGAAGCUUAGUGGAGUUUUCUUUUUUCUUUUUCUUGGGGGAAAAAAAAAAAAUCAACUCCAUGGUGCCAAAAGGAGACACUUAAAUAUAACACCUAAAACAUUGGAACAUGUUCUCACGCAGUGGGGAAAGGGGCCCUGUGAUCAGACUUCAACUUUCAGCACUGAAAAAACAACACAGGUGGCCUUAAAACUCAAUAAUUUAAAAAAAUCAAACUGCAAAACAUCUUGUUCCAGAGGCUGUGACCCUGCUCCUCCCCACCCCCUACUGAACUAACUCUGUGUACACUGAGGAGAAAUCCAGUGUUGGGGAGGUCCGCAGCUUUAUAAAAUCUUUAUUGGAUUAUUUUAAGGACUGAGUAUCUCAGUGUAAUGGCAGCAUGAUAAGCGCUUAGUGUGAACUGGUUUCAAACGAUUGUAUAUUCCUUAAAGGGAACAGAGGCAAGGAGCCAUUUCCUACAUCUUGGCAGCUAGCCUUUCAUAAUGACCUACCCAAUGCAGUUGUUGGUAGAUAUGCAGUAUUUUGUUGUUCACAUGUGGAAUUAGAAAUUUUUGAGGUGUAUUUUCAUUUCUUUGCAAAAUAAUGGGGUCUUUGACAUUUCAAAUCACUCCAUUUCUACUCCGGAAACUUUGGAAUCACACAAUACUUUUCAUGUGAAAUUUUGUUUCGUAAAAAACUGAAUGUAGGGUUUUUUUAACCAAUGGAAUGAUUUACUUUUGUCUGUCCUGUUAAAGUUCAGAUAAAGCUACUUUAUUACAUCUGCAAAUUUUCAUAUUUUAGCAGUUGCCUGAUAAAUUUAAUCAAAUUUUAUUACCAUGUGUAGUGAUCAAAUGCUUCUUCGGGCUUGCAUGUAACUGAUUAGAAAUUACAAUGUAAAUGAGCCGUUAACUGACGUAAAGAACUGCUAUGAAUUUGACCAGAGCUGCACUUACCUGUUUCUCUUUCUUGCUACCUUUUGCUGUUUGUUACUUUGUGUUGACUUUGACUGUCCCUGGCAUAUUUUUCCAGUCGAAAGUAAAACAAGAGUCUCGCUUAAUAUUGUGUAUGUUUAAGAUAACAGACUGUUCUUCAUUUAGAAAAGAUAAAAUUCUUUAUCACAAGUCCUUUUAAAAAGAGAGUAAAAAAUUAUCUUGUCAGAGGUAUAUUCAGUAUUUUUAAGCUUAAGCACCCAUCUGUAGAAAUUAAUCUGACCAGUUUAUCCAUAAAACUUUUGAUGUCAUACACUGACCCUCUGGGGUCUCCAUUAAGAGUAGCUGUUGUGGUUUUCUAACAGUGGCUACCAUAUUAUUAUAAUAAAAGUUUGUUUUUUUUUAAAGUGUGUGUUCUGCGGUUGAACAGUUUAAAAUGUAUUGGUAAUUAUUCACUUUAAUUGUGGUAAUAGAUUCCACCUUACAUUUCCAAAUUAAACUAAAAGUUUAGGUUGCUGUUCAGUCUUUAAUUCACAUAAUGUCUUGUUCCUUCAUACAACGAGGUGAGUGAAGGCUGGAGAGUGGGUUUAAACUUUUAAUUCCAGUUUGUUACUUUCUGUUGUUAUGCCAUUAUUUAUAUAAAUAUUUGUUUUCCAUUUCAAAAAGAAAAAUCUGUAUUUUCAUGAUGGACUGAAAUGGCUUAUAUUUAGGCAGCUUUAGGAAACUCUUAUUUACCUGAAGACCAAAUUGAGAAAUCUGUACUAUCAUGUUAAUCCACAAAAUGGAGCUGUUACAAUGUCAAUGCAGAUAAUACAUAUUAAAAAUUAUGAAAAAUACUGUA